UUAAGACCACGUCAUGUCCCAUACCAAGCAAUCGGUGGCUCUAGCAUUUUUUUAGCGCUGUCUCUCCCUCUCUCUGUCUCUCAAUUUCUCUUUGUGCUUUGCUUGAAUUUGUGUGAUCGCUAAGUGGUUUCAAUGGGAAGAGCUCCAUGCUGUGACAAAGCCAACGUGAAAAGAGGGCCAUGGUCACCUGAUGAAGAUAACACUCUCAGAAACUACCUUGAGAAACAUGGGACUGGAGGCAAUUGGAUUGCCCUUCCCCGCAAAGCAGGCCUCAAACGCUGCGGCAAGAGUUGUCGGUUAAGGUGGCUUAACUACCUCAGGCCAGACAUCAAGCAUGGAGGCUUUACCGAGGAGGAAGACAACAUUAUAUGUUCCCUCUAUAGUAGCAUAGGAAGUAGGCAAGUCAAUUCAACACUUAAAUGUUUAGUUACUUUUUUUUUUCCCUUUUUUUUAUGGUUUUGGUUAUAUCUGAAUAACUUAAUACUAUAUGUUCUCGGUUAA